CGGCAGUUGCAGCACUUUGUGUUCUUUCCCUGAGAACUAACAUUCAUAUGCUCCGCUCAGCACAGCGGCUCAUCAGCUGAGUGAUGCAGAGGCAUGAGGUCAAAGAUCUAGUUUUUGUGACUAGAUGGAGGGACACUUACUUUCAGUGAGGGACACACUGCGCCAUUAUGAGGAAGUGACGUCAUAGAGAGUGAAUGGAAGCACCAAAAAGGAAUUACCAAAGGAAAAUACUGAUCAAGCUAUAUAUUGUUGGGUUUAUUUGCACCUGUCGUGUAGUGUUCACAUGCUGCCCGCUCGUCCUUGGGGCUGGGCUCUGCCUCGCUGCACACUGUGGUGCUUGUCAUGAGUUGUCCAGCCAAUGAAGCGGAAAGCUGCAGCAGCGAGGGGAGCAGCUGCACCACUUCCUCCGUCACCACCUCCGACCCGUCCUCUAUGUCUGUACGCAGUCACUCCGACAACCCCGACACCUCCCAUCAUAGCGCUCCCCCACCUCCACCUCCUCCGCCGCCUCCACCUCCAGAAGCACCCCCACCGCUUCCCACUGCUGUGCACACUGCACGGAAGAAGCGGCGUGUACGCAGCUUCUUCUGGAAGCCCAUCCCAGAAGAGAAGAUACGUGGGAAGCCCAACAUCUGGACCUUAGCCGUGCGGCAGCAGCAUUACCAGAUCGAUAUUCGCUCUGUGGAGGAGCUGUUUGGCCAGCAGGAGGAGGCGGUGAGGAGCGCACGUGGGGCCAAGCUGGAUGCUGGAGCCUCCACUCGUGUUGACCGGUCUCGAUCCUUGAAGGAGAGCAAAGCAGAGAUCAGCAUUCUAGAUUCCAAGAGGGGGAUGAAUGUCGGCAUUUUCUUGAAGCAGUUUAAGAAGUCCAACCGCUCUAUUGUGGAAGACAUACAUCACGGAAAAGGCAAGAUUUACGGAGCCGAGCUGCUCAAAGACCUCCUGAAACUACUGCCUGAUGCAGAGGAGAUCAAGAAACUGCAGGCGUACAAAGGCGACCCGGACAAAUUGACGCUCGCUGAUUCUUUUAUGUACCUCUUGAUCCAGGUGCCAUG